CUACACCAAUACAAAAUGUUGAUGACUACAAAUUUUUGGGUACAAAUAGGAUUUUUCCUCAUUUCAUUUAUUUGGUGCGAUCCGUUUUCAGUUUUUCAUAGUUCAGAGACAAAGAGAAAAGAAAUGAAGAAAGAAACAAAGAGAAAAGAAGGAAAGAAAGAAAGAGGAAUGCGCAUAAAAUUCUGCAGAAGACUCUUGUGUCACCUUACCGGAGCCAAACUCCUCCUCCUCUCCGCCGUCUUCAUAUUUUACCUUCUCUACCUCCUCCGCCCCAUUCCAGUUCCCACCACCGCCGCCACAUCCUCCUCAGUCUCGGCCGCCGAGCUUCCCCUCCCCCUCUCACAAAUCCUCUUUUCCAUUGCCGGCUCUUCUUCCUCAUACCCCCUCCGCACGCCUUACCUGAACCUCUGGUACAAGCCCAAUUCCACGAACGCCGUCGUUUUCCUCGAUAACCCCACACCCGAUCGCUCACUGCCCGGCCCGCCGAUUUCCGUAUCCUCCGACACUGCCCGUUUCCCCUACACCUUCCCCUCCGGCAAGAGAUCCGCAAUUCGCGUGGCGCGCAUCGUCAGAGACACUCUGGAUCUCGAAUUGAACUCGAAUUUCGACUUCUCCGGCAUUCGCUGGUUCGUGUUCGGCGACGACGACACAGUGUUUUUCCCGGACAAUGUGGCGAGGAUUCUCUCCAAGUACGACGAUCGGAGGUGGUACUACAUCGGGUGCCAUUCGGAGAGUUACGAACAGAACGCGAAGCACUCGUUCGAUAUGGCGUUCGGAGGGGGUGGGUUCGCCAUUAGCGCUCCCCUGGCUAGGGUUUUAGCUAGGGUUAUGGAUUCUUGCCUGUUUAGGUACCCGCAUUUGUACGGUAGCGAUGGUCGAAUUUUCGCUUGCUUGGCUGAGCUUGGCGUUGGCCUGACUCGUGAACUGGGUUUUCAUCAGGUUGAUGUAAGGGGAGAUAUAUUUGGCAUUUUAUCUGCACAUCCACUCUCAUUGGCAGCAUCACUUCAUCACUUGGAUAAAGUUGACCCAAUCUUUCCAAACAUGUCUAGAGUUCAAGCCAUGGAGCAUCUCUUCAAAGCUGUACGCUCCGAUUCUGCCCGGAUAUUCCAGCAAAGUGCUUGCUAUGACCGUUCCAGUUCGCUCACCAUUUCGGUUUCCUGGGGUUAUUCUGUUCAAGUAUACCAAGGCGAUGUCCUUCUUCCCGACCUCCUCCGGUCGCCAAGAACAUUCAGACCGUGGAGGGGCAAGAAGGUUUCUUCAAGCCAUUAUUACAUGUUCAAUGCCAGAGAUUUCCCAGGUGGGGAUCCGUGUGAAAUGCCAGUCAUCUUCUACUUCCAUGAUGUUCUUUCUGAAACGAACGGAUCCUGGACCUCGUACGUCAGGCACAACAAUGUUUGGAAUUGUGAACGAAACAGUGCAAUCAAAGAAUUGGUUCAUGUCAAAAUCUUCUCCGGGAGAUCGAGUUUUGAAGUUGGACAGGAGGCACCUCGGCGUUGCUGCUGCGACAUUUCGUCCCCUGCUAACGAAACACUGGUAAUUGGCCUUAGAGACUGUGGGGAAGAUGAAUUGAUCGGAAUGCAUGCAUAGCAUUCAUUGAUUGAUUGCACUUCUGGUUCUGUAUAUAAUGUGAUGAUAGCUCCAAUGUGAGUAACAUAGUGAGGUCUGUUUUAGCCACCAUUCUUGAUGGCAUUAUCUUCUCAUUUCAUUUUUUAACAAUUAAAAUACCACAACUACCCCCACUUACUUUAUUUAUUACACCUCACCCACCUCAUUUAAUACACUCCACCCAUUUUUCAUUAAGGGUAUUAUGGUAAACUUUCACCUUUUUUCAACUCUCCUUAAAAACCACCAAAAGUCAAAAUGAGAACAUCUUAGGGGGACGGAGGGAGUAUUAUUUUUAUCACUUAUUCUCUGGCCCCGUUUGACAUCAGUGUUAGAGAUUAGUGUUAGUGUUUUCUGAAUUAAUCUACACCGUUAAU